UCAGCCCCUUAAUCUUCAGACUGACAUUAUGAUUAUUUGCAGUGAUUGAUAGAUUAAACGGGGGACAUCCAGUGCGCUUUGAUAGAUGGCAGAUUGGACUGAUACAAAGAGCUCUGUGAGGAGAGACGUCGCCGCUGAGGGAUGAUGCGUAGCGGGAAGGAGGGAGACGGUACAGUGGGGCUACAGAAGGGAACGAGGGCGGGGUUUUCCCUCCAAAGAUGAGGCUAACUAAAAUAAAAAAUUGCAGCCGGCGCACGUAACGUGGAUUCUUCGGACAAACAUACACGGAGAGAGAGAGAGAGAGAGAGAGAGAGGGAGGGAGUAAGAGGGAGGAUGGUGAUGUGGUCUAAGGAGCGGCUCUUCGCUCUUGAUGCUAUCUCAUCUCCCCUGUGAAGCUGUCGAUCCCUGUUUCUUUAAGCGGCUGAGUCGGGUUUUUUUUUUCUACAUUUUGAAAAUUAUUCACCCCUGGUGCGCCUUCACCGGUGUGUAUAUACUGUGCAUCCAUCAUCAUCAUCAUCAUCUUCACCGUAAUCUGCAGCCAUGUCUGACUCCGAGGACAUGACGGAGUUCGCCAGCAUCGUGGAGCGCAUCGAGCGGGGCGAGGUUCCGAUCAAGAACAUCGAGAGGGAGCUGAUCUGCCCCAUCUGCAAGGAGCUCUUCACCCAUCCGCUGAUCCUGCCAUGCCAGCACAGCGUCUGCCACAAAUGUGUCCGGGAGCUGCUGAUGAUAAACCACGAGGACUCUUUCGACGCCGGCUCCGAGUGCUCCCUGCCGGGCAGCCCCAGGUCCAGGGUGCCCUCGCCGUCCAUGGAGAGGCUGGACAGGCUCGUGAGAUCAGCCACAGUGCGAAGGUCGUUUGGAAGUCGAGGUUCCAUCUCUUCCCCGGGAUGGCGUCGAGGGUCCGUGACUCCCCGGGUCACCACCAUCCCGUGUCCGGGUUGCCAGCACGACAUCGACCUCGGCGAGCGCGGCAUCAGCAUGUUGUUCCGUAACUUCACCCUGGAGAGCAUCGUGGAGCGCUACCGGCAGGCGGCCCGCGCUGCUGUCGCCAUCAUGUGCAACAUCUGUAAACCUCCGCAGCAGCAGGAGGCUACGAAGAGCUGCAUGGACUGCAAGGCCAGCUACUGUAAUGAGUGCUUCAAGCUGCACCACCCCUGGGGAACGCCCAAAGCCCAGCACGAGUAUGUUGGUCCCACCACGAAUUUUAGGCCCAAGGUUCUCAUGUGUCCAGAGCAUGAGAUGGAGAAGGUGAACAUGUACUGCGAGGUCUGCAAACGACCGGUGUGUCACUUGUGCAAGCUGGGAGGAUCCCACGCCAACCACAAAGUCACCUCCAUGAGCAGCGCCUACAAGAUCCUCAAGGAGAAACUGGCCAAGAGUAUCCAUUACCUCAUCAGCAAAGAGGACCAGGUCAGGACUCAGAUUACUGAGCUGGAGCUGCUCAUCAAUCAGACUGAGGAGAACGGCCAGCUAGCGGAGCGUCGAGCCAAUGAGCACUUUGAGCGUCUGUUUGAGACUCUACAGGAGAGAAAAUCAGAGAUGCUCAGGUCCAUCGAACAGUCUCGUAACCGCCGCCUGGACCAACUCAAAGGCCAGGUGGAGGAGUACCAGGGUAUGCUGGAGAACAGUGGACUGGUGGGCUACGCUCAGGAGGUGCUGAAAGAGACCGAUCAGUCCUGCUUUGUACAGACCGCUAAGCAGCUGCAUGUCAGGAUCCAGAAAGCCACAGAGUCUCUGAGGACCUUCCACCCUGCAGCCGACCCCUGCUUUGAUGAGUUUGUGCUGGACACGUCCAGAGAGGAAACUCUGCUCAAAGAGAUGUGCUUUGGUGGAGUUCCAGACCCUCCUCUGAUCGACUUGUCCAACAGCCGUGUCUACAAUGAGGCCUCGAUCUGCUGGAGGCUGUCUGAUGACCACCUACCCACAGAUCACCAUGUGCUGGAAUACCGCAGACUUGGGGGCCCGAGAGAGUCCCCAUCCCAGGAGGACGGUGAGGACAACGGCGUCUGGAGGGCGACAGACAGGGUUUACGGUCCCAGCACUGUGGUGUAUGACCUGGAGCCUGACAGCAGGUACUCCUUCAGAGUCCGAAGCUGCAGAAACUCCAUGUUCAGCCCCUACAGCCCCGAGGUCAACUUUCACACACCACCUGCACCUGCUUUUGGUUUCCUGUUCAGCGACAAGUGUGGCUUCAGUACGGAGCGGCUCAUCCUAAACGAGCGCCGGGACAGCGUGGAGAGCGUAGCAGGAAUGGCCUUCCUCCUCGCAGCAGAACGUGUGCAGACAGGCAGCUACAUCGGACUAGAUUACAUCAUUGGGGACACAGGCAUCUCUCAGGGAAGACACUAUUGGGCCUUUAAGGUGGAACCAUACUCCUACAUGGUUAAAGUUGGAGUGGCCUCCGACACGAAGCUGCUUGAAUGGUUUCACAAUCCGAGAGAUACCAGCAGCCCGAGGUACGACCAUGAUAGUGGACAUGACAGCGGCAGCGAAGACGCCUGCUACGAGCUCUGCCAGCCCUUCACCCUCCUCACCCUCGGCAUGGGAAGGCUUUUCAUCCCCAAGGCUUCUUCAUCUUCCUCCGUGUCCACAGCAAACGCAGCAUCCGGUGCCGGCAGCCGCAUGCUUCCCAUGCCGCAGCGUUUGGGUGUGUGCUUAGAUUAUGACGCAUGCCGGGUGUAUUUCUACGACGCCGACACCAUGAGGUGCCUUUACGAGAGGCAGGUGGAUUGUUCGGGAACGAUGUCAGCUUUCGGCCUCAUGGGCAGCGGCAAGGUUCAGCUGGAGGAGUUCAUCGCCACUAAGAAGCUAACCUUCUGAGGAAGGAGGCAGUCUCGAUCGAUUUAAUCUUGGCAUGUUCUGGGAAGAGCAGUUUUAUUGACAGGGGUGAUGGAGUACAAUCCAGACCAGUUCCUUUUGAGGGUCAGAUGAGGCAGAUGUGAUCAGAGCUUUUGGUUCUAAAUGUGAAAAUGGGAUCUCUGCCAGAGACUGGCCUAUUUAGAACUGGCAUGUCUAAUGUAUGACACUAUCAGUGUGCACAUUCAGCGGUAACCAGAUAUGAAAGGUCUUCUCUACAUACCAAAGUCUCUGUAUCUGUUAAUUGUAUUUGACCUGGUUUUAAUUGCCAGCUAUGAUCAGCUGUUGAUGUAGAAUUGGCUGCACAGGUCCGCAGUCACUUUAAAUGUUUGUUUUAACAUGAAAGGCCUUUGAGCUUACACUUCCUCCUUUACCAGGUUUGUUUAUAGAUUAUUUUCUCUUAAUUAUGGGGUGGACUUUGUGGGCCUGUUUUCUGCAACUAUUUGUCUAAACGUAGCAGUAUAGGUGUAGAUGUAAUCUUGGUGGACCUGGGAGAGCCUUGUAGCUACUUUGAAGCUAGCGCCUUUGUGCCUUUUUUUUUUUUUUUUUUUUUUUUUUUGUUGUUAGGAAAAGGGUUCACUUAGUUUGCUCGAGCCAGCAGAUGUUGGUGUCAUUGCACAGACAUUAUGGAAAUACUUAACAGCAUAAAUACUGUAUGUUAGACUUACUGUAGGCAUAGUGAUCACACACUGGUGUCAAAGUUAAUGGUAUUCAUUAUGACUUGUUAUUUACCUAUUUACUCUUGACUUUAUCACAGAAAACACUACUUUUCCUACUUGUUGCAGUUUUGUUUAGCUGUUUUUGCACAAUGUGAGUGAAUCGUCGCACGUGAUAGACUUUACAAUCACUGCAUUUUUAACACUACCUAGUUGGCUUCUUCACUGUAAUAUACUAUAAAUAUUGACACACAUCCGUCACCACACUGAUGUUUCACACUUACAAAAGCGUCCAUGUUCACUCACAAAAGUGCAUCCUGGAGCCGUUACUUGGAUUUACGAGCCUCUCACUGUUCUGCUCUUACAUCUGUUGCACGGCACACAGUGACCUUCAACAUCAUUUAACUAUCCAAAACACCGUGUACUUGUAGCCAGCAUUCAUUUGACAGCUGCAAGAUCACUAAAAGCCAAAGCUUUUUUUUGGUUCUGGUGCUGACAUAAGUACAACCCACAGCUUUGUGGUUUCACAGCCUUUAAAACAGUCUAAAAAACAAAACUGUCAGUUAUUCAGGUUCUCACAAAAAGUGCUAUCGCAAAACACACCUUUCAAUACUGAUGCUUUCAAAACCACCAUUUACUUACAGUGCAGACACAUUAACUGUAGCUUCUUAGCAUGUUACGGCUUGAAUUUGGCUGUCAGACGCCGAAGUGGUUGAUUGGCUUGGAUCGAAUCAGCUCAGAUGUUAGUCUUACAGAGCAAACUAGACAGACUGUUCGCUGGGAAAUGAUGCUUGUUUUUGUAUAGACACAUUCUGUAUAUGUGCCUGCACAUGGGUUGUUUGUACAUUUUUAUAUAUAUUUUGCUUUCUGGAGGGUUCGGUAAUCGGUUUGUGUGCGUUUUCUCAGGUUUCUGGCCCUGACCGGGGCCCAGUGCUACUUACUACCUCUAUCCAUCAGGCCUGGAAAACCUUAACUACUGUACCUUUCCUGACAGAAACCAGUUUGUUUUGAUUUACAGCUUUCUUUAAAACAGUCGGUUCAGUAUCUCCGCCUUCUCUCUGUCCGAUAAUAAGCUGGUCUUUUAAAAGUUUGAUUUUUAAAUUCCAUGUACAUAUUAAUCCAGAGUGUAUUAUUUUCAGUGGAAUAGAGUGAAUCAUAAAUGUUCAUGUGAUUAGUUGCUUGUGGAUCACUGUUGAUGGAAUUAUUGUCAGCAAAAGAUACCCCAUUCAGCUGCCUUUGACAAGGGAGUGUUUUGUUUUUAAUGGAUCAACCUUUUCUCCUUUUUGUGGUGUUGGUUUGAGCAUUUUAGGUAUCAAGUAUGGAAUCCUAUGUUUUGGGUUAAACAUUUAAUUGCUUUUUCAGUUAUCUGGACAGACAAUGUUCUCUAGUCUCAAAAUGAAAUAUCUGGUGACUGUGCACAUAUUUUGUGUCACAGCUUUUCAUUUUUGUCAGUUCAAUUCUCAAAGAGCUGAACCCUGAUUCCUGUAUGUUUAAAAAUUGAGCAUUCAACAUCCUUAGAAUACAUCUAUGCAUUGAAAAAUCAGCAGGUCAGGUUCAGUUUUAAUUCCCGUCACAGAAUGUAUUCAUAAUUGCAGAGCAAAUCGCUGAAUGUUCAUUUCUGUUUUUAAGGUGUUUUGUUCCUAUUGAUUUGUUCCACUUGAAUUCACAGCACGCUUGUAUGUAGUUACAGAAAUCUGAUCAAAGGCUUGUAAUCUUAAUACCACAGCGAUACUAAAUUAAAUGCAUCCUCUAGCCUUCCUUUCGGUAAUUAAUUCAGAACCAAAUAUUUUGCAGGCUGGCUCUCAAUCUAAUUCCAAGCUAGCACUUUAGAAAUCUGUAGCAUGUCAGCAGCUGUUUGGCUCUGCAGGUGUGUAUAAUACGCGUGUGCAAUAUUAUUGACUGGGCUGUAGAACCGAAGAGGAUAUCGUAGACGGAGAAGCCUAUAAAGAGGAUUUGCACUGUUAGCCGUUUAUAGGUUACUUUGUGGUGAAAAUGGGCUUUUCCUUGAUACAAGGUGAAUUUAAACACUACUUGUAAAUGUUUUCUCCCCUCUGUACCACUCGAUUUUUCUGAAAUUAGUGUUUAUUGUCCCCUUGUGUUUUUCUUCAGAGGACUGGAUGUGGUGUGUAAGUGGUGGACUUCUGUAUGUGCAUUAUGUAAAGAUGUGGAAAUGUUGUUUGCUCUGAUUCAUGGAAGGCCACACUUUUUAUUUUGCUGUGUGGGGAUUUGUUCAAAUAAAACUAGUGUGUUUUUAAAUCCA